UUAGAGCUGCACUCGAUUUUUUGUUCAACGCCUUCUUAUCCUGACUCCGCAAUUUGUUAUUUGUUCUUUUAUCGUUUUGUCAGUAACAAACAUCAAUACCUAGUAUUUUUUAUAAGAAAAUUGUCGGCUUGUCUUACCCACACAGUAAUGUCCGGGGCAGGUGAUCAAGAUGAUGAUUGUGUGGUCAAGCUACGAGGUUUACCUUGGUCCGCAACGCAAGACGACAUCGUCAAGUUCUUCAAAGAAUGCGCCAUAAUGGGCGGUAAAUCCGGAGUUCACAUGACCACAUCUAGAGAGGGUAGGCCAAGUGGAGAAGCAUUUGUAGAGCUCGAAAGUACGGAGGAUGUACGUCGUGCCAUUCAAAGAGACCACGAUCACAUGGGGAAUCGUUAUAUUGAAGUUUUUAAGGUUAAUAGAGCCGAGAUGGAUUGGGUCAUCAAAAGAUGCGCACCGAUGAAUGGUUCCGAUGAAGAUGGUUGUGUGCGUUUAAGGGGUUUACCUUUUGGGUGUUCUAAGGAAGAAAUCGCUCAGUUCUUCACUGGGUUGGAGAUAGUGCCCAACGGAAUAACCCUUCUGACUGACGGCUCGGGGAGAAGUUCUGGGGAGGCUUACGUUCAAUUUGUUAGCAAAGAAGUGGCAGAGAAAGCUCUGCUGAAACACCGGGAAAAAAUAGGACACAGGUAUAUAGAAAUAUUCCGAAGCAGUUUGUCAGAAGUACAAAGUGUUGUUGGAAUAAAUAACAGACGUAUGGGAGGUGGGGGCGGUGGUCCAGGAAUGGGCUACAAUUCUCGCCCUGGCCCUUACGACCGUGGCGAUCGAUAUGGAAACAUGAACCGAUUUCAAUCUCGUGGCUCUCGUAGCUUCAAAGGCUCUUUGUUUAGUAACAACGUUUCAGAUAGAAAAUAUAGCGAUUACGACGAUUUCGGUGAACUACCGUCUCCUUGGCUAAAUAAUUCGAACCAUAACGGAGAUAUGGGUAGCGACAAUAGCCCAUAUGGAGGACACAGCUGGGAAAGUCCAGAGGAAUGUGGCGGGGGAGGUGUUCAUUGUGUGCAUAUGCGUGGAUUGCCUUUUAAAGCGAAUCAAAUGGAUAUUGCUGAUUUUUUCAGGCCCAUUAUUCCAGUUUCAAUACGCCUUCUUCAGGAUAACUCUGGUCGUGCAUCUGGAGAAGCCGAUGUAGAAUUUGCCUCUCACGAGGAUGCAGUCCGUGCCAUGAAUAAGGAUAAGGGUCACAUGCAGCAUCGUUACAUUGAGUUAUUCUUGAAUUCCUCAUCUUCUGGCGGAGGAGGUGGCGGAAUGGGUGGUGGUGGUGGUGGAAACGGUGGCGGAUAUCUGAGUUAUGGCGGUUAUGGUGGCAGAAGAAGAUUUUAAACAUCUUGACACAAAAAUUUAUUCCAGUUAAGAUUACAGCAUAUUUUUUAAUUAAGUGUGAUUUCAAGCUUGUAAUUUUGAUGUUUCAGUACUUGUGUUCUAUUCAGUUGACUUAAUUAGAAUUUAUUUCUUUAUUUUGAUCCAUCCUCAUGUACUUUUUAUUUAAUAGGUUUCGUAAUUUUGUUUUAAUAAAUAAAUGCUCCAUUGCUGUUUCGGAGUGUAUGUAGUGAACUAAGUCUAUUUUACUAAUACUUACAUUGCAAACAAUAUAUUCCUAGUAGAACUUUCUACUGAUCAAGAAAUAUAAAAUGGUAAUGUUAUUGUUAUUUUUUGUAAUUAAAAAAGUUAAUGUAUAAUCUCUCAUAGUACAUAAUUGUAACUAUUUUAUUAUUUUGAUUUAGAGCAUUAUCGAGUGCAUCUUUAGUUCUAUAUAUACUAAAGAUGAUUUCUACAAGUGUGCACAUUGCCCUUUAGAAUGCGAAAAAAACUAGCUUUGCCUCUGUUUUUUCUUCACGCCAUUAAAUGAAACAAAUAUUGCCAGAUUUCAUUAAUUUAAUGCUUUGUUGCACUGAAAUUGGUGGCAUACACCUAGAGUGUACUCUAAGAGAUUGUACUUUUCCUAUUCUUAGUGAUAAGUGAAUUGGUCCUAUUUUAGUGCAAAGUAUACACCAGAACUUCUAUUUUUAUGCAUCAUUUUCAGAGUGAGGAACUCUAGUCCUCGCUUUUACAUACACAAUUUAAACUGUUAUUUUCAUUCUUUCGGGUUUAAAAAUGUAAUCACUGUAGUGGGAUAGAUGUGGUAGUUGGAAUAAACGUAUUUUGCAACUUUC